GACUCCUCGUAUCGCGAUGACUUCGAAAAAUGUGAGACUGCAGAGACAUGGCCGGCUGUGUCAGACUACACUCCUCCAAUGAAGCUUCUGGAUGUGGCUUUAGAGUCUGGCGUCGCCUACACGAUGAACUUCAGCCUGUACAAGAUGGUGAUCAAUCAAGUGUUCCUGCGUCCACUACCCGAACCUUGCGUUCGCCGAAUCUACGAGUACGAUCUGACAGAAGAGGCAGAUGACUGCUGUUUGGAUGAGCUGCGUAGCGCCAGCAGUUUGUGGUACGACAUGGAGAGCAUUGAAGAAGCAAGUGAUUUUGAAAGUGAUUGCAGUUGCGACGAAGUGCACACUCCUCGGCUGUACUGCCGGGCGGUGAUCGAAGAGGUCCCCAGCGGACCGGAAAGAGUGGAAGUGAUCUUGGACAGUGGAGCUGAUUGUACGGUCCUUCCCCUUUCUUAUCAAGCUGUCGGUCACAAAGACUCCUCUGCUAGCAAGAGUAUUCUCCUUGACGCUCAGGGGAAUAAGAUCGAAGGCGGAGAGUCAAGAGUGUUCGUGAACUUCGAAAUCGACACCCCAGAUGAAGACAGUGCGAUUUCCUUUAAGGAUUCUGUCGCUCUGGGAAAUGUUCAACAAACUUUGUUCUGCUUGGGCAAGCUCAUGAGGCGUGGCUGGGUUCCUGUCUGUGAUGAAUAUGACUCAUGGUACAUGCAAAAGGGCGAAGCUUGGUUUCCAGUCCACUGGAGCAGGAACAGCUUAGCUACGUAUAUGAGAAUUUCGCGCCUGGAGGAAAUCGUAGCACAAGGAGAUGGCGAAGAUGCUGAUCAGCGGCUAGGUGAAACCUCCGCUGCUGAUCAGCAGCUAGGCGCUGCCUCCGCUGAGAGUAAGCAGCGGCUAGGUGAUGCCUCCGCUGAAGGCGUUCACUUGGCAUACAACAUGUCCACGACUGUUGAUCCUUCAGCACGCUUCAAUCCUGAUGAGUGGCCCCAUCGCUCUACGCUCAUUUGGAAGAGAGGUCGAGAGUAUGAAGUCUUUGAGUGUGGAGAAUAUUGGGAGCCAAUCGCAAGCUUCUACCGAUUCUUCGUCUUCGAGCCUUCCCAGCUAGGAGAGGUAAGACCUGAUGAUCGUGCGUGGGUUCCCGGAGUUAAUCCUCUACGUGAUCGUGGUGAUGAUGGUGCUGAAGAAGAAGAAGGAGAGAUAGCGGUUGAGAGGCAAGGAGAGAGAGCAGAAGGUCCCAUGCUAGGAGUUGGUCUUGAUCCACGAGACUACGCAUAUCCCAAAAGCUCCCGUGAGGCCUGCGUCGCCUCCCGUUCUAGAGAGGACACUUAUGAUGACACAGAACCUCACAGAGAGUUUCCUGUGGUGAGCAUGGGCUAUAUGUUUACUGCUACACAAGACAAUCCUCUUGCUACUCAUUUGAUCUUGGUAGACUCCCAGACCAAGUUUGUGCAGGCCACGGCCAUUGAUGGAAAAGGCAAUAGAAGCUUGAAGUACUGUGUUGCAGAUGUGGUUGGCUUGAUGAAUUCCCUUGGUUACCAGCGAAUUGGCCUCAGGUAUGAUACCGAGCCAGCAAUGAAGCAGGUUGCUGGAGCCGUAGUGGCUGCUAGGUUGAAAAUGGGUUUAGCCACAGAGGAAAAGCCAAUUCCACCGGGGGAUGCGACGCAUCGUGCAAAUCGCAGUGAAAGGUAUAUUCAUACAGUACAUACCCUUGGCAAUUGCUUGCUGCAGACAAUCCUCCAACACACGGGACACAAGAUUGAGAGUGAAGACCCCCUUUUCGAUUGGGCCUACCGACAUGCGGCUUUCCUAGUUUCUCGGUUCUCAGUGCUGAAGGAUGGUUGCGCAUCGUUCGAGUUGGUCCAUGGACGUAGCUACAAGUCAAAGCUACUUCCCUUCGGGGCCCAUGUAUAUGCGCAGUAUCUUCCGAAGUCAAAGGUUCGUGGUGAGUGCUGGAAGCCUUGCGUAUGGCUAGGCCGAACAACCCUAGGCGACUUGAACAUCGUGGGCGAGAGAGAAGGAAUCCAUCAUGCGCGAAGUGUCCGACUUGCGCCUGGUAAUUUCUUAACAGAAGCCUUGAAGACCAUGAAAGGAGUUCCAUGGGAUCCUCUUCUUGAUGUUCUUCCUUCUCGUAAGAGGAAAGCUUUGACUGGUUCUAGACCUCCUGUUCUCCCUGAGAAUGUUGAAGCCCCUCCUUCGCCUGCUGAUGAAGCUGCUUCAGAUCCACCAAGUCCAGAAGCAGUUGGUCCAACUUUGAAUGAAGGACCACCAGUUGAAGGGGGAGUAGGAAGCGACUCAAGCGACACCAUGAGCGUAAGUUUGCCUGGAGACAGCAUGGAUGGUAGCUAUCAUUCUGAAGAACUCCUCAUGGAUGUUGAGGGUCACCCCGCAAGUGGCCAUGUGAGUGCGAUUUUCCUAGAGGAAGAAAUGCUCACGGGUCAUGACGACAACGAAGGCUAUGUGGAAGCCGAUGAAGAUCCUUUGGCCCCAGGUUUCAACGUUGAUUGGGCUGUUAGUGAAGGUGAUGAAGAGUACGUGGCUCCAGACCCCCAGCCUGACUUGCCGUUCGUGAAGAGUUGGGCGAAUCGUAAGUAUGAAGAAGGGCCUCCUGUUCUUCAUCCAGAUCAGCUAAGGAAGCUAGACGAAGCCUGGACUGAGUAG